CACAAUCUCUGCAAUUCUACGUAUCAAGCAAUGGCUACGAGAAAACUAGCAGAAGAAAUGGCGCGGGUUGCCGCCGCGUGCCCCGUGGAUCCUAUGCGGCCGCACAUCCAGCUUCAAAACUUCCUCAAGUCAUUGGCCACGCACCCGAAUCUCACUCCGCAAGCCGUCUCCGCGGCAGAAGCCUUGGAGCGCAACGCUGCUCAAAACGAGUACCCUCUUACGGACAAGACACUUAAACCUGCAUCUGCUCCUAUUCACUACGAAAAACUUGCCGAGGGUAUCGAAAAGGGUGUCCAGGGCAUUGAGAGGCCGAAGUGGAAAGUGUUCUUUGGUAUCUGGUAG